AUGGCGCUACCGAGACCAGAUAUUGGAAGACUGCAAUAUCAGAAUAUACAGUUUCAAAUUGUCGACCAAGAACCUAUAGCGAGGCAAAAGGAAACAAAUAUAAGAUCAAAUCAACUUGGUCUGGUCGAAGAUCGAGAGUUGUGCCCCGGUACUUACACUCUAUUUCUUACUUAUCUGGAGGACGAUAAGGGAACAACUUCGGUUCGACCAUCGACAGUAUCAAAUUGGGUCAAAUUCAUUAUGAAAAAUGGCGGGAUCAAAGGUGUUUACAAGGCCCAUUCAAUACGAUCAGUUUCCAGCACAAAAGCAGUAGAAAAACUACACUCGAUCGAAGAAGUAAAACAACAUGCAAACUGGAGCAACAGAUCCAAUGCGUUUGAAAGGGGAAUUGUUGUAGGAACGACCAACAAUGCUACACUUGACGAAACGAAGGCGACAAAUGUGGUACACCCUCCCGAAUGGUAUCAGAUGUUCGUCAAGAAAUACCUCAGAUGA